GACUGUGGGAAAUGUUAGGUCCAACACAACGCGCCUUCUUUUCUUUUUGACAACGAGCGGAGCCUCUAGUCGGAACGAAGGGAUAUCGCAGUCUCUCCGGCUGCCGCCGUUGAGUAGUACAGAUCGGAGAAGUUUUCUACUUCGUCUUGUCUUGAUCUCGUGUGCUUUCUUCUUCUCUAGUUCUGUUGUUCUUUUUUGGAUUUCGUCGUUGUUUAAAUGGUUGGUGGUCGGGGAGUGAUGAAUCUCGUUCGUUACAGCCAUUUUAUCAGAAAUGUGCAGAAUCCCACCGUUAUUGUCUCAUUCUGGGGGCGUUUGCAAUCGUCAUUUACUACCACCAUCAACCAUGACAAAGAUCCCUCUUCCUCUGCAUCAUUUGACGACUACCCGUCAUCGGAAUUGGUGGGUUACCUGGUGAGCUCGUGUGGGUUACCUUCAGAAGCAGCCGCAGGCAUAUGCAGGAAGUUAGGAAGCAGGGCUAGCGUUCAAAAAGCGAGGAUGAUAAUCGAUUUCUUAAAGGAGAGCGGUGUCUCGGACGUCCAUGUCAGGAAAGCAAUCACUAUUAGUCCCAUAUUGCUGUCAUCCGAGCUAGAGAAGACGGUGAAGCCCAAGGUGAGGGCCUUCCUCGAUUGGGGCUUCUCUGCCCGUGAUGUUGGUCAGAUCAUAUCGAUGAAUUAUCGUAUCCUGAGGUCAAGUCUCGAGAAGAAGAUCAUGCCCGUAGUUUCUGAGCUGAGAGCCUUCCUCCCCAAUGACAAGAGGGCGUUUGUUUCUAUGAAGAAUUUCUUCUUCUGCUCGCUUCUGGGUCAUGAUGUGGAGAAAAGUAUAGGGACCAAUCUGUCGGCUCUGCGAAGGCUAGGCGUCGCAGACCGCUCUUUGUCGACCCUUUUAAUACAUUGGCCGAUGCUACUGGGUAGGAAGCCAUGCGCGUUAGAGAAGAUGGUGGAGAGGGUUAAGGAAUUGGGGAUAGAUAAGGAUUCCCUUAUGUUCCCCUACGCGUUGUUUACCGUCUCCACAAUGACGAAGCCGGUGUGGGAUGCCAAAGUCGACGUGCUGAAGGGAGCCGGAUGGACUCAGGAGAACAUUCUUCUAGCGUUUAACAAGUACCCGCUCUUCAUGACCAUCUCCGCGAGCAAUCUGAAGAAAAAAUUGGAGUACUUUGACCAGGAACUCGGUUUCAAACCUUCCCGACUCGCCGCGAACCCGACUCGCUUGUUGUUCAGCAUAGAGAAGAGGGUGACGCCUCGGCUGGCUGUGAGGAAGAUCUUGAUUUCUAAGAAGGAUUCUUGGUGGAUGAAGUUUGUAGUUGUAAUUUUGGUGCACCCAACCUCUUGGGAUGAGUUAGGCGAGAAAGAUCAGAGCUUUGGGGCAAUCAGUAGUGGACUUCAUAUAGGCUUGCUUGUUUCAUUCUGGCACCAAUUGCGCAUUUGGGCCCACAUGCAGCUGUUGGAAAGGUGCUGUGGUGUGAAUCCUUGUGGAUAAGUUGUCAUCAAGCCGAUAAAACAAGAAGUUUUCUUCUCUUGCUUUGCAGGUAAGAAGCUGCAUAUGGAGACGCAUAAUUUUGUGAGGCUAGCUCGACAUACAGUUUUUCAUACUUCUAGUUAUUCAGCUCAUCAGUAUUCAGCAUAUAAUUAUGUAAACUAGCGGUUGAUAAUGUUAAGGACCAGCAUCAGGUUUUCUCCAAAAGCUGUAGCUUAAUAAGCGCUUGAUAUACACAUUUUUCUUUGCUCUUA